AUGAACUGUGAGUUUCGAUUUCCUGGUUUUGGUGCAGAGAUCAACAAGAGUCUCUUAGCCCUGAGGGAGUGCAUCAGGGCCCUGGGACAGAACAAGGCUCACACCCCAUUCCGUGAGAGCAAGCUGACACAGGUGCUGAGAGACUCCUUCAUCGGGGAGAACUCUAGGACUUGCACGAUUGCCAUGAUCUCACCGGGCAUAAGCUCCUGUGACUAUACUUUAAACACACUGAGAUAUGCAGACAGGGUCAAGGAGCUAAGCCCCCACAGUGGGCCCAGUGGAGAACAGUCGAUUCAAAUGGAAAUAGAAGAGAUGGAAGCCUGCUCUAACGGGACACUGAUUCCAGGCAAUUUAUCCAAGGAAGAAGAACAACUGUCUUCCCAGUUGUCCAGUUUUAAUGAAGCCAUGACUCAGAUCAGGGAGCUGGAGGAGAGGGCCGUGGAAGAGCUCAAGGAGAUCAUACAGCAAGGACCAGGCUGGCUUGAGCUCUCUGAGAUGACUGAGCAGCCGGACUAUGACCUGGAGAAUUUUGUAAACAAAGCGGAAUCUGCUCUGGCCCAGCAAGCCAAACACUUCUCAGCCCUGCAAGAUGUCAUCAAGGCCUUGCGCCUGGCCAUGCAGCUGGAAGAGCAGGCUAGCAGACAAAUAAGCCUUGUCACCCUCAAGGGAGGAAGGAGCUCUUAGUCACCUUUUCAUGUUGCCCUUCUUUCCAUCGUGGGGAAUGCUCUCAGCAUAGAGCCUUCUCAGCAGUGGACUGGCUGCUGGUGGAGGGCUCCCUGGGGUUGUCCUGGCUCUGGGGAGAGAAACGGAGCCUUUAGUCCAGCGCUCUGCUGGCUCUAAACCUUCUACACCUUUGGUCUACACCUUUGGCACUGUAUGUCUUGUACUUUAAAAAUAUUUUUCUGAGACCUCUUUCUACCUUACUGUCUUCCUACAGAUCCAAGAGGAUCCCUAUUGUUUUGUUUUAUGUGUUUAUACAUUGUAACAAUAAAGAGAA